AAACUUUUCAAAAUAAACACUAUUCAAAUGUAAAAAGACACAUUUAGUUAUAUGUUAGUUUAGUUUUGUUUUUGUUGUUAAACUUUGUUAAUAGUUCGUUGAUUCCUUCGUUGUUUGCAUAAAUUGGUAACAAAAAUGUCAAGACGCGAACGAAAUCGAGAAGACACUUUAAAGAGACAAACUCUGUUGGCCUUAUUCCGAAAGAUAGUACGUUCGAUUAUCUUCAAUUCUCUAUGGCUAACUCCAGAAGAAGAUGACCAAUUUACCCAAAAGAAACACAUGUCGCUUGUUAUGCGACGAAAACGAAAAGUUGGAUCAUUAACAGCAGCGGAAAAACGGUUAAUACGGAUGCCCCAUAAGGAACGCUCAAUUGCAGAUAGAAAAAAACUGUGCGAUGUAUUCUCCAGAUUGAGAUGUUUCGAACGCUUUCCUCCGAAAAUUCGAGCUCGCCUUGUCCCUGUAAUUAAGUUCAUGUCUAUCGCCCCUGGACGUGUGUUAAUGAAUAAAGGAGAUUUCCCAUUCGCAUUGUAUUUUAUUCUCACUGGAGAAGUGGAGAUGAUUCAACGCUCCUAUAAUAAAUUGUUUGGCAAAGAACUGGACGAAGUGGAAUGCCUUUUUGGACCCGGAGAUUGCAUCGGAGAUGUGGCCAAAAUGGAGAAUACUAUCCGUAGUCAUACAUUUGUAGCAGCAACGCACUGUGAGCUGCUAGCUCUGCUUGACUAUGGAAUGCCGAUUCUCGAGCCAUUCAUGAAAAAGCUUUGGACUGACAAGAAGAGGGCCCUAAAGGCACUGGACUAUUUUGAUUUUCUCAAUGAGGAUCAGAUAAUCAAUGCAUGUCGUUUUGGCUCCGUAAGACAAUUCAAUCCGUUGGAUACCAUUUAUUCUCAGGAUAAAGGGUCACUAACGAAUGUGCACUUUGUCUUAAGUGGCGAAUGUAUUAUCCUGCAGUGUCUUAAUAUGAAGGUAACUAAGAAAAAUGGGAAAAAGGUUUUUACUCUACCGGAUUUUACACAAAGUGAUGCUUCAUUACUUAUAUCGAAAACAUCCAGUUUUACACAAAAUAGAAGUCGUAAAAGCAUUGAUGGAGACCUAAAUGUCCAUGACUUAUUGAAAAGCUCCAGCUCGAGCGAAGCAGAAAAAGAUAUAAAAAAAAUGCAUCGCAAAAUGGAAGUCAGAGAUCUAGAUCGUUUAUGUGGUUUUAAUACUCCGAAACCGCCACCAAAAGAAGAUAAAGAAAAUAAGCAUGAAAGUCUGAAAAAAUAUCGAGACGAACAAUAUGAUUAUUUAAAUUUCACUGACAAGGAUGAGUCGGAAGAAGUAGAUGAAACAGUGUAUAAAUAUAAGAAGGGAAAUUCAUUGAUCAAUAUCGAAGAAGAUAGUAAUAAUUCAAAUGAAUCUGAAGUUUUUGCACUCUCAUCUUCUGAAAGUAGUUCUUAUAGCUCGGAUUCCGAUGAUAGUGAAACCCAUUUGGUUGAAUUUGAAUCAGACAGUUCAGAUACGGUCAAAUACGAAAGUCAUUUUAUUGAUGUGGGAUCUCUAACGUAUGGAGGAAUAUUCGGCUUGGGCGAAAAAAUGGAAGACCGCGUUAUCCUUGCAAGAACUACAGUGCAGUGCCUGACUUUGCCAAGAUAUUUCUUAUUGGAAAAGGAACAGAAUCCAGGAAAUAUUUGGCAACGUCGUCUUUUUUAUCUAGACUGCACCAUACCAUCGAGGGAGGCAUUGUUUACAGAUUAUGUUAGGUCUCGAAAUUGGAAAGAAUUCAAAAAGAAUUUCAUUUACAAAAAUUUAGAAUCAAACGUAAAGGACAUAUCUAAACAACAUGACAUACCCAUUAUUUGUCGCAUUGUGGAAACUGCCAAUGAUGAAUAAAAAUCAAUGCAAGCUUUUAAA